AUGGAUAAAGGGAAGAAGAUACAAUUCAAGAGAAUGUUUGGAUAUUGCUGGGGCACAAGUUUUUUAAUCAUUAAUAUAAUUGGCACAGGACUUUUUGUGGCCCCCAAAAGGGUACUGAAGUACUCUUGCAUGAAUGUGGGGCUCUCCCUGUGUAUUUGGGCUGCCUGCACCUUGUUUUCCAUGAUGACCACUCUCUGCUCAGCAGAGAUGGGUAUAACCUUCCCACACUGCGGAGCUCACUACUAUUUUCUCAAAAGAUGUUUCAGCAACUUGAUCUCUUUUCUGAAUCUCUGGACAGCUUUGUUUCUGGGGCCAGGGUUAGCUGCCAGCCAAGCCCUACCCCUUGCUGAGUAUAGCAUCGAGCCUUUUUAUCCCAGCUGCUCUGCUCCAAAGCUGCCAAAGAAAUGUCUGGCGCUAGCCAUAUUGUGGACUGUGGGCAUUCUGAAUUCUCGCGGUGCGAAAGAGGUGACUUGGCUUCAGACAGCCAGGCUAGUGCUGAAAAUGGCCCCAGUCGGCCUUAUUUCCCUGUGUGGAGUGGUACUGCUGGUGAGAGGAAGGAAGGAGGAUGUAAGCUUUCAGAAUUCUUUUGGUACUGAGUUUCCAGAAGCCUCCCAGUUUAUAGUUUUCCAAGGAUAUUUUGCAUUUUCAGGCGGGGGAUGUUUUACAUUUAUAGCAGGGGAGUUGAAGAAACCCAGAAAGACAAUUCCAUGAUGUAUAUUUACUACAUUACCUCUGGUAUUCAUUUAUCUACUGGCUAAUAUUUCCUACCUGACUGUUCUGACACCCAUGGAAAUUCUCUCUUCAGAUGCUGUAGCUGUCACAUGGACGGAUAGUUUCCCCUCAUUAACAUGGGUUAUUCCUUUUAGUAUUUCUGCCUCAGUAUUUAGCACCCUUCUGGUUAAUGUAUUUGAAUCCUCAAGAGUGACAUGUAUGGCUGGCCAAGAGGGCCAACUGCCUUUGUUAUUUAAUAUGCUUAGCCCUAACUCCUCUCCAUUUAUAUCAGUGCUAGUACUCGUCAUUAUGGCAUCUGUGGUUAUUGUCUCUACAAACCUAAUUGAUCUGAUAAACUAUCUUUAUUUUGUAGUUUCUAUUUGGUCUGUAUUGUCAAUGAUAGGAAUACUAAAACUGAGAUAGGAGCCCAAUCUACCUUGACCUUAUAAGGUGUCUUUUCCAUUCCAUUCCAUUCCAUUGGUAACAAUGGCCAUCAGCCUACGUUUGGUUUUGAUCCCUUUGGUGAAGUCUCUACAUAUACAUAAUAUCUACGUGUGUCUCUUUGUUCUCAGUGGACUUCUGUUUUACAUACCUUUAAUAUAUUUUAAAUUGAGGCUGGUUUGGUUUGAGAAGCUAACAUGCUAUUUACAAUUGCAGUUUAAUAUUUGCAUUGAUGUGUCUGAAGAACAGAUGUCAGAAGCAGAAACUGUUAAAAAAAAAAAAGUAGCCUUUUAA